AGCCCCCCCAGGCCUGGUCCAUAGCAGUGGAGCAGCCCUGCCGAUAGGGUUUCACUCUCUGCGGGGCGAAGAGGAGGGCAGGCAGUACAAUACAAGCUCCGGGACACAAAUCUACCUGGAAAUCAAGAUUCCUGUUCCUCUGGGACCUGUGUCUUCCUGUGGAUACCUGGGUCUUGCAGCCAUGCCUAUCUCAACUCCUGCCCCUCCCAACAAGAAGAAGAAGGCCAACAAGAUCAUCACUGACCUGUCCAACAUCAGUCAGAAUGAUGAUGAGUCAGACACCGAGGGUGCCGAACUCGACCUGGGCACCAAGAUCAAGACUCCCAAGGACGUGAUGCUGGAGGAGCUCUCCCUGAUGACGAACAAGGGGUCCAAGAUGUUCAGGAUGAGACAGCAGAGAGUGGACAAGUUCAUCGUGACCAACGAGAACAUGCAGAACCUGGAGAACCUCCUGAUGUGCCCUCCUCCAAUUCCACCAAAGCCAGAGAUGCCAAAGGAAGAAGUGGUGGAUACAGUGCAUGAAGAGGAGGAGAAGCAGAAGAGGAGGAGGGAGUAUGUACGCACCUAUGUAUCACCAUGGGAACGGGCCAUGAAGGGUAACGAGGAGCUGACAUCCACCAUGAAGGCCUCCAUGCCGGGACCCAUCCAGAUCCACGUAGAACUGCCUCAGUAUAAGAGCUUCAACAGGACGGCGCUGCCAUUCGGCGGCCAAGAAAAGGCGGUCAAGAUGCUGACCUUCGAGCUCCCAGAGAUCAGUGUGGUGGAGGAGCCGGAGCCUCUGCCCACCCAGCAGGCCGACAUCCGCUCACGCCCCUCGUUCAACCGCACGCCCAUUGGCUGGGUCUGCAGUGAGGACAACUCGCACAUCCACAUGGACCUGGACAACAUCCCCUUUGACGGAGAGACAGACGACCUGUGAACACGCAUGCAGAAGGAAGCAUGUUUACAGAACAUGUAGCCUGAAACACAUCAACAACAUGAAGACAUGCACUGGAACUCAUAUGAAAAACACACCUUCACAUGAGUGUAAAUGUGAGUGUGACAGAUCAAUAUUUACACCAUGCACACUGAUGACAUUAGCGCAGUUAGAACUGCUGAGGCGUCCCUGAACUCACAUUAAAAUGUACUUUAAUUGCAUGUAAACACAAUGAACUAAAAUAAUUUAAAAAUGACUUUAUGAAAAAGGAAAAACUAUCUCCUCUGGUCUCCAGUGUACUUUCUUACAUCCCCAGCUAUGAGUCUUACUAUGAUUUGGCAUACUGUGAGAUAAUGUGAGACCUGUGUGAAUAGAAAUAGAUAAGCACUCUGCACUCUUAGAACAAUGUAUUUAUGCAAUAAACUUCCCCUUUACAGAA